CUGCAAUUCUUUCAGUCUCUGUAGUUGCCAUAAUUUACGCGCGCUGCCAGUUUAAACUAACAAAUUCCAACAGGUGGUCUGGUCCGCAAAUCGCGAUCGUCUCGUUCAAGAAAACGCGACGUUGCAGUUAUCCGAUGAUGGGAAUCUACUUCUUCGUGAUUUCGAUGGCACCCUCGUUUGGUCGAGCAAUACUUCUGGCAAGUCUGUGGUCAGCAUGAACCUGACCGAUACAGGAAGUCUCGAACUUGUUGAUCAAAAUAAUGUAUCAGUUUGGUCCUCAGUCGAUCAUCCAACAGAUUCUUGGGUCCUCGGCCAAACUCUACGUCAAGGGCAACGGCUAAUCGCCAAUACAUCAGCAACAAACUGGACCCAGGGUCAGUUUUAUCUCAGCAUUACUGCUGGUGGUUUUGCUACUUAUGUUGAUUCUAAUCCUCCACAACUUUAUUACCAAACUGGAGUACAGGGGACUAAAUCUCGGAACAAAUCGACAUACAUAACGUUCACAAAUGGCAGUUUGGCAGAUAUGGGAGCGCUCGUCACUCAUGCUUCAUCGGUUCAGUAUAUGAGACUGGAGUCUGAUGGGCAUUUGAGGCUCUAUGAAUGGGGAGGGACGGGUUGGAAUCGAUUAGGUGAUGUUUUAAAUGUUUUUCCGGAUGAAUGUCAAUACCCUACAGUUUGUGGAGAGUAUGGGAUUUGCUCGAAUGGUCAGUGUAGUUGUCCAAGUGUGAAAAAGGAUGCAACAUUUUUCAGGCAAGUUAAUGAGAGACAGCCUGACCUUGGUUGUUCUCUUGUGACUCCUUUGUCCUGCCAAUCGAACCAAAAACAUACGUUUUUACCGCUCAACAAUAUCUCAUACUUCAAUUAUAUUGACCCUGAUGCUGUGGCCAUUGAACAUACAAAUGAAGAGAUCUGCAAGCAAGCUUGUUUGAUGAACUGUUCGUGUAAGGCUGCACUUUUUCAGUACGGUGGGAAUUCCUCGGAUGGUUCUUGUUAUUUACCCUCACAAAUCUUUUCGUUAAAGAGCCAUGAUCCUGAUAUUUAUCACUUCAAUUCAUCUGCCUACGUUAAAGUGCAAGCUGCUCAAACGGUUCCUACUCCUGGUACACCUCAAACUUUACAGAAGAAAAGUGUUGGUGCUGGAGUUAUUGUUGGAUUCUCCAUUGGAGCUCUAUUUGCUGUUUCUGUUGUCACUGGCUUCGUCAUUGUACUUAUAAGGAGGAGGAAGGCUAGAGAACUUGAUGAGGAAGAUCAAUUUGAUAAGGUACAAGGAAUUACGUCGAGAUUUUCAUUUGAGGAGUUGAAGAUCGCAACUGAGAACUUCUGUCAAAAAAUUGGAGGAGGAGGAUUUGGUUCUGUAUUCGAGGGAACAUUGAGUGAUGGCACGAUAGUUGCAGUGAAGAGGCUAGAUGGUGUUGGACAAGGGAAGAAGGAGUUCUUGGCUGAGGUGGAGACAAUUGGUAGUAUUCAUCACGUAAAUCUUGUGAGAUUGAUUGGAUUUUGCGCUGAGAAAUCUUACAGGCUUCUGGUCUAUGAGUACAUGUGCAAUGGAUCGCUCGAUAACUGGAUUUUCCACAGGAUGCAGGAUAAUACACUUGGUUGGCAGAUACGUCGUAGGAUUAUAACUGAUAUUGCCAAGGGAUUGGCAUAUCUCCAUGAAGAAUGCAGGCAGAAGAUUGCUCAUUUAGACAUAAAGCCUCAAAAUAUACUCUUGGAUAAUGAUUUCAAUGCUAAGGUGUCUGAUUUCGGGUUAUCUAGGUUUAUUGAUCGUGAUCAGGCUGAGGUAAUAACCAGAAUGAGAGGGACACCUGGGUAUUUAGCGCCAGAAUGGCUAACAUCUAUCAUUACAGAAAAAGCUGAUGUGUAUAGCUAUGGUGUUGUGAUCAUGGAGAUUAUAUGUGGAAGAAAGAACUUGGAUUAUACUCAGAAAGAAGAAGAUUUUCACCUGAUGAGUUUGCUGCAAGUUAAGGUAGACGAAAAUCGACUGUCAGAUAUGAUCGAUAAUCACAGUGAAGAUAUGCAACAACAUGUGAGUGAAAUAAUCGAGAUAAUGAAACUCGCAAUGUGGUGUUUGCAAAGUGAAUGCAACAAGAGACCAUCUAUGUCAGCAGUGGUGAAGGUUCUAGAAGGAUCGUUAAGUGUUGAAUCUAACAUAGACUAUAACUUUUCAAAUACAGAUCCUCUUGUGUGGCAUAAUGUGAAUAUUGAUACAUCAGCUCCACUUGUACCUUCGAUUUUGUCAGGUCCAAGAUGAAUAUAAUGAAUAUAGAUCGAGGAAGGUAAUUGUAUUUUGUUCGUGUUUUUAAAUUUGUUGUAUUCUUGUAAACCUCAAGGGGUAAUAUAUAUACAGCUACACGUUGAAAUCAAAGUUUGUAAAGGAUGAGCACAAAUCUAGGUUAUUCUUUUGAGCCCUCCUCUGCAUAUUGAAAUAAACUGUGUAACAAAUGCAAAAGAUAUU